AUGUUGAGUACUGGAUCUUUUAUUUUGCUACUGCUAACGGAAGUUGUAUCUGGUGCAGUACUCGUGACGUCAGAGCAGACGAGCGAUGCGACCAUAGUUGAGCUGACAGAUGGUGCAUCUACGGGUCAAAGUGGUGCAGGGCACAACAACAACAACAACACCAACAACGACAAUGUGCGUAACGAGCAAGAAAUAGCAUUGCCACCACUAGACACGAACUCUCAACAGAAACCAUUUAUUAUGGAUGAGAUCACUAGCACUACAGAAACCAAACUUAAGAAGAGAAUGGUUAUUAAAGACCCCAAACACAUCUGGCCCAACAAAACAAUACCCUUCAAAAUAUUCAAAACCCAUUUUACCAGAACACAACGGAAAGAAAUCAAGAAAGCCAUCAAAGAAUGGAGAAACUACACAUGUAUUAAAAUAAAGAAAGCGAAAGAAUCGGAUGUUAAUUAUGUAAAGAUUAAAAAAGGGAAUGAUUGUAGCGCGGUUGUGGGCAUGAAAGGCGGUCCACAAAGUAUAGUCUUAACGGACAACUGCAGCAGUAAAGAUCUUAUACUGCAUGAGAUUGGACACACCAUUGGAUUUUAUCACGAACACAACCGUCCGGACAGGGACGACUACGUUGAAAUUAUUUUACCGAACGUUGACAAGAAGUUGAAGAAAAACUUCGAGAAACAACUACCGGAAAAUGUUACAAUCACGGGCCCCCAUUGGGCAAUUGAAGUAGAGUUCAUGAUUCUUGACCUCGGCAUAUGA